AUGGCGCCUCAAACGCGCUCUCGUACAUCAGGCGGCGCUGCACAAUCGUCCAUGGACGAUCUGGUGACCCGAACCGCUCCCGAGGCGUCCUCCAAGUCAUCAGUCGCCAAGAAACCCAAAGUGUACCGACGCUCCGAACCAGCCCCCAAACAACUCUAUUUCCCUGCGCGGAACAAGACAGUACGUACAUACGGCAAGGGCAAGGCUCGUCGAAGUCUCCCCUCCAAAACACCAGAUCAGUCAACCUUGACGCAGAUUGGGUGGAUACCGAGUACCUACCAGGAAGAGGAAGACGAUAUGGAUGGGCUUGUCGAUUUGACCAUGGACGAUGAGGAUGACGCACAAAAGACGGAGGAUCGGAAGACGACGAGGAGGAGCACCAAGAGAAGAAAGACGACAGGCGACCUAGACACAGUGCCCGACUCUACAGCCGGCUCCAGCUUUCACACCCAGACCUUGACCCAGAUGCCAUCGUUCAUGUCGGAACAGCAGUCGGAGGACGACGAGGUUGAGGAUGAAUUCAAGUUCGACGACAACGAGGAUGAAAACAAGGUUGCCACCAGGAUGCCAGAUAGCGAGAAGAAAUUGGGCGGUUCAUCGUCGCUGGAGGAGAAGACGAAGGGCCCAACACCCUCGCCGGAGAAGAUCGUCUCACAGCCUCCACAUGGCACAACGCCGGCGCAUGUAUCUCAAACACCACGCAAACAAAUUGUCAACCGAGAAGUGAUCCCUUCAUCCCAGCCAUCUCCUUUUACUCCUAAUCUGGGAAUUGGGGAACGGUAUUGGUCGCAGAUGGACCGGACGCCCUUGCAGGAGAGGUCAACAAAUGUCGAUGCCCCGACACCAACUAUCAGCAGAAAGAGGCCUCGGACGCUGGAAAUUGCGGACUCAUGGAGCACUGUCAAUGGCGGCAUGAGCUCAAGUCCUUCAAGGGGGAAAGUUCACAGGACUCCUUUGAAGGAGAUAAAUCUGGCCGAGGUGGCGGAAAGGAGUGUCAUCUUGGGAGAGACCCCCGCCCGCGAUAAUGAGGCUACUACCACAGAGGAGGUUGGAAACGCUGAGGUGGAUUCGGUGCGACGAACGGCUCCAGAGAUGGAAACCCCUGAAAACAGAGGACGCCUCUCGCAGAAGUCGACGCGGCCAGCGGAGAACAUCAUCCUUGAUUCCGAUGACGAGUUUGACUUCGAACUCGAGGACGACAGCGGGGCCAACGAUGAAGCUCCUGGUACACCUACGCCAGCAACCCGAGCACACUCACAGGGGAAUACGAAACCGGUGACCGAGGAGGCUGGAGCGUUGGUGCAAUCCCCACACAAGUCCAGUACAAUCCCUUCCCAACAUCCGGCCACUCAACGCAACUCUACUCCCGAUCCUCAACCCGAGAAUGAGGAAGCCGAGCCUGAAACGCCCAGCCCUACACCGCAGAGACGAACGAGCAUCUCCAGCAUAGUCGAAGCUGACAAGGGGACACCUCUGUCCUCGCCGCAGAAGACAUCCCCUACCCUGCCGCCAAGCACGCGGAUUGGAUCCAACCACAGGUCACAGGCCUUGUCCACCGUAUCCUCUCCGCAAAAGGGCUCGCCAGCGAUGCCGCCAGUUUCUCAACUGGAUUUUAGGUACAAAUCGCAGGCUUUCGAGUCACAACGCGUGCCGUUCGAGCGCAUUCAACAACUGGGGCCACAAACUGACCGAUCCGAUAUUAUCGUCUCAGUCCACCCCGAACAUGCUGAGCAGAUCACAGAAGGCAACAAGACGCAUGAGUUCCGCAACUAUAGAAUCCCUCAGACUGUAGGGCGAAUCUGGAUUUAUAUCACGCGACCGAUUUGUGCCCUCAAAUACAUGGCAACUAUCAGCAACGCCAAAGAACCUGGACAGAUCUCCUAUGGCGAUAAAGGGGUUGGCAAUGAAGAGUUCAACGAGGGCAAGGGUUUGAAGUUCGCAUAUGAGCUGAAACAGGUUUAUGAGCUCAACAACCCCGUGUCCUUAGCCAGGAUGAAGGAGAAUGGCUGGGUGGAAGAGGCACCGACCAAGUAUGUCUACGUCCCGCCCGCGGUUUUGGGCGAGUUGAUGGGAAACCUCAGGCGUGCCAUAUUUGUGGAACCGGGCGAGCCCCAGUCAAGCCAGGCCGACAUGUCGGUCUCACAGGAAGUGGAGAUGCAGCUGCGUAGUGACAUUGCACACUCGACGCAAGUGGGCUGUAUGGUGUCUUCGCCGGCGCAUAGUCAGAGGCGUGAUGCGGCCGGCGACGCCGACAUAAUUCCAUCCAGUCAGGGGAACGAGAAGGAGCAAAUCACCAGCAGCCCACCCCAAGCAACCGUCGCCGCGACGGACAAGCCGGUCUUUGCUAAGCCCACCGUGCCGGCCAGCCGCUCGCAGAGAAGCGUACACUGGGUCGAGGACAGCCCCGUGGGCAGGCGUGCACAACAGGCAUCGCAACACGCCGAGGGUUACGCCGUGCGCCCGUCCCAGGCCACGACGGCCAGCGCCCCGUCCAGCCCCUCGCAGCGGCUGCCGUCCUACCGGGGGCACCCCAUCUUGAUCUCAUCGCAGAGCCAGCCGUCCAUUCCCGUCUCGCCACCCACGAAGGCCGCGCCGCCGCAGAUGGGUCCUCGGUCCAGCGGUCUCGUGUCGGACCUCGGGGAGCAGGGUGAGGAUGUCGUCGUGGGCGAUAGCCCCCUGCGCAGGCGCGGUGUGGAGAUGCAGAGCUCCUCUGCCCUGCCUGGCUCUUCGCAGGGCCUCCUCGGGUUGGGUAGCGGGGAGCCGGACAGCCUGUUGGAUGAUUCGAGGGUAAGGCAGCCGCCUGAAAUUGUAUGGGACUCAGAGGGAGAGAUCGAUUGA